AUGGAGGUCGCGACCGCCGGAGAGGAGGAAAUCGAUUUCUUGUCGGAUCCAGUUGACAGAUUUCCACUGCCGGAUCUGCCCGGAGCAGAGCCGCUGUUGAAACACGGUGCGAACCAAGCGCCAAUGUGCGGGCCUGCUGAAUCCAGCAUUGCAGAAGCGGGAGAUGCCAGAAUAGCCAUGGAAACGGAUCUGAACAGCACUUGCGAAGCAGUAGCGCUGUCUGCAGCAGCUUCAGAGCAGUCUACAGGGAAAGACAACCCUGAAGCCCCUGGCUGGACGAAGAGGAUGAGUGCGCUGGAACUAACACUGCGAAGCUAUGCAGAAAACAAAACUGAAACUGUCAUAGUUCCUGCUGUGGGGAGGAACUUUGAUACACUGGGUGAAGCUUAUGAUUACUACAAUCUAUAUUCAUGGGAGGUUGGGUUUGGAGUAAGAUAUGGCAAAAGCCGGCUAAAUGUUGAAAGAACCAAAUGCAUGCAGGAGAUAGUUUGUGGAUGUUCGGGAAUACCAAAGAAGGAUAACAAACGUACAUGCCGAUGUAGAUGCCCUGCUAUGAUACGGAUGUUGCGUUCAGCCGAUAAUGGCUGGUAUAUAAAUGAGUACAGGACAGAUCACCACCAUGCUCUCACUGAAAGAUGUGGUGAGAAAGUUUACUGGCCUUCACACAAGCAUAUUGAUAUAUACACACGUGAUGUGAUUAAACAACUCCGUGAAAACAACAUUAGCGUUGGCAAAGUUUACAAUAUAAUCCGAAGUUUCUUCGGUUCAAUGAGCAAUGUACCGUUCAGCAAAAGAGCUCUCCGAGGGUUGUGUGGAAAGAUCAGUCGUGAACAAGCUGAUAAUGAUGUAAAGAAGACAAUGGAUGUUUUUGCAGAGUUAGGAGCAAAAGAUUCUGGGUUGUACUACAGAGUACAGCCUGACGAAGAAAGCCGCAUAUGGAAUCUGUUAUGGUCAACUGGUGCCAGCAGAGCACAGGACGAGACAGAGGAAAGUUUCCAGUGGGUGUUUGCUGAAUUCAUCCGCAUGAUGGGUGGGAAGCAUCCACAAACAAUACUAACCGACCAAUGCAGAGCAAUGGAAUUAGCUAUUGAGAAAGUUAUGCCUGACACAACACAUCGAUGGUGCAAAUGGCAUGUGCUCAAAAAAGCAAAGGAAUAUCUUGGAUCAUAUUACACGAAGCGCAGCAAAUUCAAGUCAGAUUUCCACAAAAUAGUACAACACAUGUUGACAGUAGACGAAUUUGAAUCGGCAUGGGAGCAGAUGAUUGAAACAUAUGGUCUGCAUAAGAACAAUUAUCUCACCCAGAUAUAUGAGACAAGAGAGAAAUGGGCGAAGCCAUAUUUCCAUGGCAAGUUUUGUGCUAAGAUGACCAGUACGCAGCGCAGUGAAAGUGCCAACCACAUGUUGAAGACUUAUGUUCCAGCUAGUUGUCCAAUGCAUCUAUUUGUUCGUCAGUACAUGCGGCUUCUUUUUGAUAGAGAGGUGUCCCCUGUAAUGAGAAUGAACACACCCUUGGAGCAUCAUGCCAGCAAGGUGUACACUCGAGCUAUAUUUGACAUGUUUGGCCAAAUCACAUAUGAAGCAUCACAGUACAGAGUUGAAGAAGUUGAAAAAGGUAAAACAUACUUUGUCAGACGACACCAUCCAGAAAAACAUGAAAUGUGGUGCAGGAUUCUAUAUAAGGUAGAACUGGUUGAUGAUGGACCACAAGUGUUAUGUGAAUGCGGCAAUUUCGAGCACACCGGCCUGCUCUGCUGCCAUGCUGUCAAGGUACUGGAUUUCAUCGGCAUAGAUCACAUACCAGAGAAGCAUAUUCUCAAACGUUGGACGAAAGAUGCACGAGAUAUACUGCCAGCCCAUCUCUCAUACCUUCAGAAGGAUAGCAUUUCUGUAAAGUCAGUAACAUUCAGACAUUCAAAUCUCUACAGCCAUGCACUUGAAGUCGUGAGGUUAGGGGAUGCAAAUCCAGAAGCAUAUGGGAUUGCAAUGGAAAUGCUCAAGAUAACAAUGGAUAAGCUAACUCCUGUAGCUGUUGUCCAUGAUGGCAUGGGAUUGGAGGACAGAACUCAGCGGAUGCAACUUAAAGACAAGGAAGCCGUUCCAGCAAUCGCAUACACGAACGGCAAUACAAGUGAUGCAGAAGGCAGUGCUAUUGGUGAUUUUGUAGGGUUGAAAGCACCAGAGCGUAAAAGGAAAGCCGGACGACCUACCAACAGCAGAGAUAAACCUCCAUACGAUGAUCGGGGUGCAAAAAGCAAAAGGUUAAAACAGUGCAAAACCGGUGAAGAUGUUGAGAAGUGCAGCACAAGCAAGCGCACUCGUUUCUGCAGCAUAUGCCGCGAACCUGGACACAAGAGCACAACUUGUCCGCAGAGAGGUGAUCUUCCUCAGAAGGAAAGGAAGGAGGCAAAAUGCUCAAAUUGCGGCGUCGGUGGCCAUAGGAGAAACACCUGCAACAAGCCAAAAGUUGUUCUCCAUAUUGCUGCCAACACUGAUAUAGACACAAAUAGAAUUAGUGCUUUGGUUUGA